AUAUGUACAGAGAGUUCAAGACAAUCACCGAUCCGUCCGACCAUGGAAUUGUGGCUACUCAUCUUCCUCUCCGUCACCUUGGCCACGCUGCUCCUCCUCCUCCUCGAUCGUGAAGUCAAGAUUAGGAGGCUCCCUCCCGGCCCGCCGUCCGUGCCGAUCCUCGGCAACCUCCUGUGGCUCCGCCGGUCCCUCCGAGAGAUCGAGGACAUCCUGCGGGAGCUCCACGCUCGGUACGGCCCCGUCGUCACGCUUCACAUCGGCUCCCGCGCCACCAUCUUCAUCUUGGACCGCACCAUCGCCCACAAGGCGCUCGUCGAGCACGGCGCUGCUUUCUCCGACCGACCCGCCCCGCUGCCGGCCGUCCGCUUCCUCAGCGCGAGCCAGCACAACAUCUCCACCGCCGCCUAUGGCCCCAUCUGGCGCCUCCUCCGCCGCAACCUCUCCUCGGAGAUCCUCCAUCACUCCCGCAUCAAGCUCUACGCUGACGGCCGCUCGUGGGUCCUCGGUGUUCUCAUCCAACACCUCCGAUCCCAGGCCGAUGCCCACCACGGCGUGGUCGUCGCCAUGGAGAGCUUCCAGUUCGCUAUGUUCUGCUUGCUCGUCCUAAUGUGCUUCGGCGAGAAAUUAGACGAGAAGGCCAUCAAGAAUGUCGAGGAGGCGCAGCGGAGCCUCCUCCUCUACGGCAGAAAACUCAGCGUGCUGGUCUUUGUUCCAAGCAUCUCCAGGCACAUCUUUCGCAAUCGAUUGAAGACGGUCUUGGAGAUGAGGGAAAGACAGGGACAGCUAUAUCUUCCCCUGAUCGAAGCCCGAAAGAAGCACAAGCAGCAGCAGCCGCCAAACGAAAAAGAAAGGUUCGUGUACUCCUACGUGGAUUCCCUACUCGAGAUCGAGCUCCCGGACGAAGAGGGAAGGAAGCUCUCGGACGACGAGAUGGUGGCCCUCUGCUCGGAGUUCCUGAACGCGGGCACGGACACGACGUCGACCGCGUUGCAGUGGAUCAUGGCGAACCUGGUGAAGCACCAAGACAUACAAGCGAAGCUGCGGGACGAGAUCGACGGGGCCACCGACGGGAGGGACGAGGAGGAGAUCAAGGAGGAGGACCUGCAGAGGAUGCCAUACCUGAAGGCGGUGAUACUGGAAGGGCUGCGGCGGCACCCGCCGGGCCACUUCGUCCUGAGCCACGCGGUGACGGAGGACGUGGACCUGUGCGGGUACCUGAUGCCCAAGGGAACGGCGGUCAACUUCUGCGUGGCGGAGAUGAAUUGGGACGGGAAGGUGUGGGAGGAGCCGAUGGAGUUCAAGCCGGAGAGGUUCCUGAGCGGCGGCGGGGGAGCGGCGGUGGACAUCACGGGGAGCAGGGAGAUCAAGAUGAUGCCUUUCGGGGUGGGGAGGCGCAUAUGCCCGGGGCUGGGGCUGGCCAUGCUCCACCUCGAGUACUUUGUGGCCAACCUGGUGAGGGAGUUCGAGUGGAAGCGAGUGGAGGGCGAGGAGGUUGACAUGACCGAGAAGAUGGAGUUCACCGUCGUCAUGAAGAAUCCUCUGAGAGCUCGUAUCAUCCCUAGAAGGAGGAAGAUAUUGAGAUGAUAGACUUCGAAUAAUAGAAAAGGGUAUAGAAAUGCAUGCUUCAUUCACCGUCGAUGUCAUCUCAUGAACCACACAAAUUACCAAAUAGUCAUUGAACUGCCAACUUUGUGGCUUUCGAUAUCA